UGUUUUGGAGGACCAGGAAGACCAUGUCAACUCAAACAUGGCCUUCUCUCCCAUUUCAUAACUGGUCUCCAUCUUCUCCAAAAUCCAUCUCUCUCUCUCUCAGUGCGUGUACAUGUUUCUGAACAACGUUGUAGUACGAAGAGAUCGAAUCAGCAACUAACUCUGAUCGAUCGCUUCGGCGAUGGAAACGCCGCUCGGGAGCGAAAAAGCCAAGGGGCUCGCCGUAGAUUUUCGAAAGGUAAAUGACGCCUAUGAUGUCGCCGAAGAGCUCGGAUUUGAGAAGUUAUCUGAAAAGGCGAUCAAAGAGUACUAUUCGCAUGCUGUUCUUUAUAGACAUAAGAAGACGGGUGCGGAAAUUAUGUCUUUAUCGAAUUCCGACGAAAACAAGGCUUUCGGCAUUGUCUUCAGUACUCCUCCGAGAGAUUCAUCUGGCGAACCUCACAUAUUUGAGCACAGUGUGUUAUGUGGAUCGAGGAAAUACCCUGUGAAAGAACCCUUUGUUGAAUUGCUGAAAGGUAGCUUUUAUACUUACCUAAAUGCAUUUACCUGCCCAGACAGGACCUGCUAUCCAGUUGCUUCGACAAAUGUGAAGGAUUUCUACAAUUUAGUUGAUGUAUAUUUGGAUGCUGUAUUCUUUCCUAAAUGUGUUGAGGACAUCCAGAUUUUUCAACAGGAGGGUUGGCAUUAUGAGCUUAAUGAUCCUGCCGAAGAUAUAUCCAUAAAAGGUGUUGUCUACAGUGAAAUGAAAGGAAACUACUCUCAACCUGACUUGCUUGUCCAAUAUGUUGCUCGGAAGGCUCUCUUUCCUGACACUAUUUAUAGUCUUGACAGUGGUGGUGAUCCAAAAGUCAUUCCACAACUUACAUUUGAGCAAUUCAAGGAAUACCAUAAUAAAUACUACAAACCUAGCAAUGCUAAGAUAUGGUUUUAUGGAGAUGAUGAUCCCAAUGAACGACUACGUAUCUUAGCCGCAUACCUUGAUCAAUUCGAAUUGGAUUCUACUGAAACAUCGAAGGUUCAGUAUCAAAAGGUGUUCAAAACACCGAAGAGAAUUACUGAGAAAUAUUCUGUUGGCGGACAUGGCGAUUUUGCAAAGAAAUACAUGAUAUAUCUAUCAUGGCUUUUAUCUGAAGAGAUGUUAGAUGUAGAAACUGAGCUUAAACUUUAUGUUUUGGAUCAUCUUUUGCUUGGGACACCAGCUUCUUCGCUGAGAAAGAUCUUAUUGGAAAGUGGAUUAGGAGAUGAUAUUAUUGGUAAUGGAAUUGAAGACGAGUAUCCUCAACACAUAUUUGCCGUUGGAAUGAAAGGUCUCUCCAAAGACGAUGUUCGUAAAGUUGAAGAAUUAAUUGUGAAGACUUUUAAGAGUCUAGCAGAGGAAGGUUUCAAGCUUGAUGCUGUGGAGGCUUCCAUGAACACGAUUGAGUUCUCCCUUAGAGAGAAUAACAGUGGUUCAUUUCCUCGAGGCUUAUCUUUGAUGCUUCGCUCCAUUAACAAAUGGAUAUACGGUAAGGAUCCAUUUGAGCCUCUACUAUAUGAGGAGCCGUUGCUAAAUUUAAAGUCUUAUAUUUCCAGAGAAGGACCAAAAGCUGUAUUCUCUCCACUCAUAGAAAAAUUUUUCUUAAACAACUCUCAUUGUGUCACCGUUGAAAUGGAGCCUGAUCCAGAUAAAGCUUCUCGUGAUGAAGCAGAUCAAAAUGAACUUCUCAAAAAACUAAAAGCUAGUAUGACAGAGGAGGAAGUUGCUGAGCUGGCACGUGCGACGAAGGAGCUUCGUUUAAAACAAGAAACCCCAGAUUCACCUGAAGCUUUACGAUGCAUCCCCAAACUUUCAUUAGAAGAUAUUCCAAAGAAACCUAUACACAUUCCCACAACAAUUGAAGAUGUUAAUGGAGUAAAAGUUUUGAAGCACAACCUUUUUACAAACAACAUUGUCUACUUGGAGGUUGUAUUUGAUAUGAGUCCCUUGAAGCAAGAACUUCUUCAACUGGUACCACUAUUCUGUCAAUGUUUGCUGGAGAUGGGAACAAAAGAUAUGGAUUUUGUACAGCUUAACCAUCUCAUCGGAAGAAAGACUGGAGGAAUCGAUAUUUGCCCCUUUGUAGCUUCUAAAAUUGGUAAGAAGUCAGAUCUAUGUUCCUAUAUCAUUGUUCAUGGAAAAGCCUUGUCGGAAAGAGUGGAGGACCUCUUCAACCUGAUAAACUGCAUUCUUCAAGAAGUUGAAUUCAAGGAAAAGCAACGGUUUAAACAGUUUGUUGCUCAAAGCAGAGCAGAGAUGGAGACACAAAUAAAAGGCAGCGGUUCUAGCAUUGCAGCUACAAGAAUAAAUGCUAAGCUAAAUGUUGCAGGAUGGAUUGAUGAACAAAUCAGUGGUAUUAGCUAUUUGGAGUUUUUACAAAAUCUCGAGAAGAAAGUUGACGAUGAUUGGGAUAAAAUUUCUAUUUCCCUCGAGGAAAUACGUAAAUCCCUUCUCUCAAGGAAUGGUUGCAUAAUUAAUAUGACAUCUGAUAAGGAAAAUCUAAUGGCCGCUACGAAAUAUCUUUCCAACUUUGUUGAUUCCCUACCAACUACAUUUGCUGUGAACACUUCCUGGGAGUCCGUACUUUCUCCUGGAAAUGAAGCCAUUGUCAUUCCCACACAGGUUAAUUAUGUUGUGAAAGCUGCUAAUAUAUAUGAGAGUGGAUAUCAGUUCCAUGGAAGUGUCUAUGUCAUUUCUAAUUAUGUCGACACGACAUGGCUAUGGGAUCGUCUUAGAACUAGCGGUGGUGCAUAUGGAGGAGAAUGUGGUCUUAAUGCUCAUUCCGGAGUUUUCUCAUACUCCUCUUAUCGCGAUCCCAAUUUGUUGAAAACCCUAGACGUAUAUGAUGGGACAGCCAACUUCCUCCGGGAGCUAGAACUAGAUGAUGAUAGUCUGACAAAAGCAAUUAUAGGUGCUAUUAGAGACUUAGAAGGUUAUCAACUUCCAGAUGCAAAAGGUUACAGCAGUCUACUUUGGUACUUAACAGGUGUUACGGAAGAAUAUCGAGAGAAAAGACACGAAGAAGUCCUAUCAACCAUUGUGAAAGAUUUUAAGGAGUUUGCUGAUGCAAUUGAGGCAGUAAAGGAUAAGUGGGUUGUGGUUGCUGUCGCAUCACCUAGUGAUGUUGCUUUAGCAAAUGAGCAGCGGCCUGGAUUUUUUGAUGUUAAAAAAAUCCGCGAAGUUUCGUAAGCUGGGAAACUCUUGUCGAUCAAGUUUAUCACAUCUCAUAUCUGGAUCACAUAUUUCACAACUUAGCGUUAUGAAAAUGGAUUUGGUAAAAAUUUUUGCAGCAUUUUAUGAGUAUUAAUCAGAACUCAUUGGUGUGCUGUGUGCUUUAGACCAGAUUGUGUGAAUUGUGCUUGGGUAUUACCUAGAACUCUUAUACCAUCCGUGGAGAGUAAAUACAUAUAAGUAUUGUGAAUGAAGAAACUUACUGAUGCAUUUGUAUUAUUUAUUGAUUAGUUAUUUGAAAGUGCCUUAAAUCUUA